AGAGAUGCUACAAUACGUAGCUGACUGGCUCCAACAUAAUUCAUUCAUUAUUGUAGUGUGUGUGUGUGUGUGCGCGCGCGUGUGUGAGAGAGAGAGUAGUGGGGGGUGUGUGUGUUUGCGUGUCAGACGGUAUUCCUGCUCGUCUCGCUCCACCAGUUAAGUUAAAUCAGAGGCAGUCACUGGCACACUGCGGUGGUCUCUCUGUCUCUCUGACUGUCCUGCCCUGAAAGCAUCAACAGCCUCCUGGUUCAGCACCACAGGACUCGCUGAGGCCCUCGCCCAAGGCCUGUAUCAGUCACCACAGACGCACCCUGCUGACAGGGCCCCCUGUUUAAAAGUACCAGGAUCUGGCACUAAAAAGGGAAAAUGCAGAAUAUAACGACAGGAGCAACAGACGGGAUAGCUCUGACAUGCGGCAUGUCUGGAAGCCACGAAUUCAUCUUCACCCUGGUACCCAUCGUCUAUGGCUGUAACUUUGUCAUCGGCAUUGUCGGAAACAGUAUGGUGGUGGCUGUCAUCUACUGCUACAUGAAGCUGAAGACUGUGGCCAACAUAUUUGUUCUCAAUCUCGCUGUAUCUGACCUCACCUUCCUCAUCACUCUGCCCAUGUGGGCGACCUUCACCGCCACAGGAUAUCACUGGCCCUUUGGUGGAUUCCUGUGCAAGGCCAGUGCAGGGCUUGUGAUUUUUAACCUCUACACCAGCAUCUUCUUCCUCACUGCACUCAGCAUUGACCGAUACCUGGCCAUUGUGCACCCAGUGCGAUCACGCAGGUUCCGCACCGUGGUGUACGCACGUAUCACCUGUGUGGUGAUCUGGCUUUUUGCCUUUGUGCUUAGUGUGCCCACAGCACUGACCAGGGAUGUCCACAACAUCAAAGACUCUAAUAAUACAGUGUGUGGCAUUCUGCACCCGCACAUUAAAAAUGCCAGGUUGAGUGAGCUCCUUCUAGCCAUCAGCCUGAUGAAGAGCUUGCUGGGCUUCCUGGUGCCCUUCAUCAUCAUCAUCACCUGUUACUGCCUCAUCGGACGGGCGCUGCUGGGGGCAAGACACAUCCAGAAAAGCUCCCGUUCCCGGGAUGACGAGGUACUGCGUAUGCUCGCAGCAGCUGUCCUGGCCUUCUUCCUGUGCUGGGUGCCCCAUCAGGUGUUUCACUUCAUGCAGGUGCUCACCCAGCUGACAAAGGUAGAGAACUGUGCCAUCCUGGAAAUCAUUGACACCGCCAUGCCCUUCACCAUCUGCAUCGCCUACUUCAACAGCUGUGUUAACCCUAUCGUGUACGGCUUUGUGGGGAACAACUUCCGCAAAAACUUACUGCGGCUGUUGCGCUGCUCGCCAGGUGGACCUACUGGGCCUCACCUGAGCAUCAGCUCCAAGAUGAGCGCCCUGUCAUUCCGUGCCUCAGAGGCACUGAGUCUUACAUCCAAAAGUAAGGCCUCUUCUGACGUUAAGUGAAAAAAGAAAAAAAGAAAGAGGGUACAAGUUCACCCACCCCACUGUUUUGGUCUGUGGUUAAGAGUCCGGGGAUGGAGACAUUCCAUGCUUUUAAAAUCCCCAACUGUAUUACCAAGCACUGACUCAUGGAGAAUGGCUGCAAAGUUACAUUCAUGUCCCUCUGUGAGUAAGUCAAAGAGAUAUUUACUACAGUCUGCAGAAUAAUUAUUUGUAAACCAUCACACAGCACUCAUGCUUGUCACAUUCAUGCUGGCAAAAUUUCUGUUCCGCUAUAUGAAUGGGGUGAUUCCCUGCAAGAGAAGGCUAUACAUGAUUACAUAUCGCUUUUUCUAUUAUUUAUAUAAGAUAUGCAUGUAUGUGCAGGAUUUUGUCGCCAUAAUACAGUGAUGGGAUACAGUGCAGUAAUAUAUCGUCCAGUGAUAACCAUUCUGUGUGCUCAGCAGGUCUUUCACCAAUUGGAACAGUUAUCAAAUGUUCAGCAAAAACGCCAAAGCUAAUAAAUAAGUCACUCAUGCAUGCUCUGCCGCAGAUUUAUACAUGGAAUAAUUGGAUAUGUGUAGCAAAAAUAUGAUGUAAAUUUAUCCGUUAUUAACAUAUUUGACCAUGACUAGUAUCUAAAUAGUAUUGUCGAAUUAUGUGCUCUGUGUGAAAAUGUAUAAUAAGUGUUUGCAUAAUAAGACUGUAAUGCUGAAAUGUUUCCAAGUCGAGGAGUAACACACUGUAUAAAUAAGAGUACUACACAAACACUCCUGGUCGGGUGAUCAUUGUCAAUAACUAUGGUGGUUGUAUUUGUGGUAUUUAAACAUGUUGAUAGAUUUUUUUUUCUACUCUCUAAGUGUACAGUUUGUGAAUAUAUGAAAAUAUGAAUAAAAUGAAAA